CAGUUUGGAUAGUGCAUGGCAUCAGCAGGCAAGAUUUGGGAAGUUGAGUCUUUUUUCUGGGAAAUACUGAGAUCUUCUCUCUGCAUAUAACAUGAAUCUAUACGUCUCUAUUUUUAACCUGUGGGACGACAUGAAUCCUAUGGCUAAAUAUGGGACUAUAACUGCAGCUACAGUCAUUAGUCUGGUCGUGUUGAGAAAGUGGCUUGCAGGUGGAGUUUGCUACAGUCGUGUGCGUUUAGAUGGCAAGACUGUUCUUAUCACUGGUGCCAACACUGGAAUUGGAAAAGAGACAGCACAGGACAUGGCUAAGAGAGGAGCACGUGUGGUGAUGGCUUGUCGAGAUCUCCCAAGAGCAGAGAAAGCUGCAGGAGAGCUACGCUGCUCCACAGGAAAUGGUAACGUGGUGGUCCGGCAUUUGGAUUUGGCCUCCUUCUCCUCGGUACGACAGUUUGCACAGGAAUACAACGCCACGGAAGAUCGAUUGGAUAUACUUAUUAACAAUGCUGGAGUGAUGAUGUGUCCUCACAGUCUAACAGUGGAUGGGUAUGAAACUCAAUUUGCUGUCAAUCAUUUGGCCCAUUUUCUCCUGACGGUUUUGCUCCUGGACAAGCUGAAGACCUCUGCCCCUAGCCGUGUAGUCACUGUAGCCAGUAUUGCUUAUGAAGGAGGGAAGAUCCACUUUGACGAUAUCAACUUCGUCAAUACACCAUAUAGUCCCUUGAUUAGCUACAAGCAGAGCAAACUUGCAAACAUUCUUUUCAUCAGAGAGCUGGCACGUCGAAUCAAAGGUUCCGGGGUAUCAGUAUAUUCUCUGCAUCCUGGAGUAAUCUACACUGAAUUGGGCCGGCAUGUAAAAACAAGUCACCCUGUUCUCACCACCUUUUUAACCCUUCCUGCCAUUCUCCUGAUGAAAACCCCUAAGCAGGGAGCUCAGACCUCUAUCUACUGUGCUGUUACUGAGGGGCUGGAAAAAUAUAGUGGUUGCUACUUUAGUGAUUGUAAGCUAAAGGAGCCAAAACCGGAGGGUAAGGAUGAUGUUGCUGCAGUCAAACUUUGGAAUAUGAGUACUCAGAUGGUUGGCUACAAAGGAGAUAACUGACAUCAGCAAGGAUCGAUUGCAACAAAGAAGAAGAAGCCAGGGUCGAGCCAGUAGUCUUCCAUCACCAUCAAACUGCUGUAGUUUAUUUUUGCUUUGUUUCUAACAUAAGUUUUGUCUUAAAAAUCUUGCUUCUCUGUUUCUACUAUUAAUAAUAUUUCCUGUACAAUUAAAUAAAACAUAACACUUAUU